AUGGGGAGUCAAAAGAACUUUACCCUCCCGAUGUUAACUGCAGAAGAAGCAUGGGAGCUAUUCCAGGAGACAAUAGGUGAACCCUUGGAUGCUGAUCCUGAUUUAUGUGAUAUUGCAAAAGCGCUCACAAAUGAAUGUGGAGGUUUACCGUAUAGUGUCGUAACUAUUGGGAAAGCGCUACAAAAUAAUAAGAGUAAGUAUGAAUGGGCUAAUGCCCUUCAGCAACUAAAAGCGCAUGAAAUUCCUCCCCAAGCUUAUUAUUCUAGUAUAAAACUCUGUUAUGAACGAUUGGAGAACGAUGAACUCAAGUCAUGCUUUUUACUAUGUUGUUUAUUUCCACAAGGUUACGAUAUUCCAAUUGAUUAUUUGGUUAGAUAUGCGUGGGGCCAAGGAAUAAUUUCUGACAGGUUUGAUUCAGUGGAGGCAGCAAGAAUGCGAGUACAUUUUUUAGUUGUCAAACUAAAAAGGAGGUUUUUGCUGCUAGAUAGCAGCAAGGAAGGCUGUACCAAAAUGCAUGGCGUAGUUCAUGGCGUUGCCAUAUCAAUUGCUUCCCAAGAUAUGGAUGUUUUUAUGGUACAAGAUCAAGCUGGAUAUAGAAGUUGGCAAAUAAAUCCUCCAUGCAAACAGUACACAACAGUUUCACUGAAUGAUGUUCAUAUUGACGACCCCAUUGUGACAGGUUUGGGGUAUCAAGAACUUAAACUUCUACAACUAAAAAAUAGCGAAGUUUCAGAAUCUGCCCUGGAAAGCAUGUUGAAAGGGAUGAAGCUCCAGGUUUUAUCUUUCAUACAUACAUGUUUAACAUCAAUUAGAGUGCUGCUAAGACACCUUCGGACCUUGUCUCUAGAUGAUUGUACACUGGGAGACAUAUCUAGUGUUGGGAAAUUGGAGAAUCUCGAGAUCCUCAGUUUUGCGCGUUCCAACAUCAAAGUGUUACCGAGAGAAGUUGCAGAUCUUCAACAAUUAAGGUUGUUAGAUACGACAGAUUGUUCUUAUCUAAAGGAAAUUCCUCAUGGUAUCCUAUCCAGAUUAAGUAAACUAGAAGAGCUGUACAUGACACGCAGCUUUAAUAAAUGGGAGCCUGCAGAGGAAGUCGAUCAAAGCAAAGAAGGUGAGAUCCGGAUGGCAAGCCUAGCUGAGGUGUUGUCUCUACCCUCUAAAAAUUUGACAGUUUUAGCCAUAGAUAUACCGGAUUUCAAGUUGUUGCCGGAAGAUGAAGUGCUCUUGGAAAAGGAAACAACAAGAUUUCAUAUAUCUAUAUGCAAGCCUAAUACUUUUCCUAUGCCACAACCCCUGGAUUACGGAUUUAAAAAUACUGUUAAGCUUGCUGGUGAUGCAAAGGAGUUCAUGCAAAAUGGAGAUAUUAGAUUUCUGUUGAAGUACUCUAGAGCCUUGUACUUCAGAGAAACUAAAAAUCUGAACUGUGUCCUCAAUGACCAAGUAAGUUUUGAAGGCUUGGAAGCUUUAUCGAUUCAAAAUAGUAAGCACGGCACAGAGUCUCUUAUAAGUGAUCGAACGGGUGAGACUGCCUUCCUUCAGUUGAAGUCACUUGAGCUAAACGGGAUAUCGGAUUUACUAGCAAUAUGUCAUGGGCAGCUUCAAAAUCAAUCUUUUGGCAACCUAAUAUCCCUUCAGAUCAGUUGUUGUUCUGAGUUAAGAUAUGCCUUUCCAGUGUCUAUAGCAAGAAACUUGGUACAACUCCAGUCCUUAGUUGUUUAUCUAUGCGACAAAAUGCAAGAAAUUGUCUCAAAUGAGGGGAUGGAAGAUGAGAUUGAUGCAUCUUCCAAGGUUGCUUUUCCUAAUUUAACGGAGCUCAAUCUGUCCGGUGUAUCAAACCUGGUUAGUUUCUACAUAGCCAACCAGCCAUGUAGCUCAAAACCUGAGCUUGCAAUACCUGUUCUCCUACUCAGUGGCCAGGCAACUUGUGGGUCUUGA